GAAGCUGCUGUGCUACAACGCACUGCUCCAGCCUGCCCUGUACCCAGCCCUCAAUCUCUGUUGCUGGAUGCCACGGAAUAGCAGCAGAGCCAAGGGGCAGUGCAGAGGCAGGGUUUAUAUCCUAGCCUCUCCCUACCAGCAAUAAGGUUUAAGGUUCAUUGGUUUCUGCUCACCUCUCAACUCUGGCACCACUCUCUGGGAGCUGCCGGCUCGCCUGCCUGAGUUUCGCUUUUCUUUUCCUGCAGCAAGGAGGCAGCCAGGGAGGAAGGAGCAUUCUCAUCUGUUGAGGCUGUUCACAUCCUCUGCGACCCCUGUGUAGGAAGGGACGAAGACUACAUACAGGACAUGGCACAGCCAGCAGUGCCAGGCAGCUCCCUGGGGGAUAACCGUCCCACUUACAUCUACAAGAUGGUCCUGCUGGGGAGCACGUCGGUGGGAAAAUCAAGCCUUGCCUACCGAUACGUGAAAAAUGAUUUCAAGGAGUCGCUGCCUACUGUGGGAUGCUCCUUCUUCACACAGUUGAUCCAUCUGGAGACAGCCACCAUCAAGCUGGAGAUCUGGGACACAGCUGGCCAGGAGAAGUACCACAGUGUCUGCCACCUCUACUACCGCGGUGCCCACGCUGCACUCCUUGUUUACGACCUCACUAACAAGGAAACACUCAGCAGAGCGAAGCAGUGGCUGAUUGAACUGGAGAAGGAGUUCCUUCCUGAUGAAAUUGUCAUUGCUUUGGUGGGCAACAAGAAAGACCUGGCUGAGGAACGGGAGGUUGCAACAGAGGAUGGGGAAGAGUUUGCAAGGAGUAGAAGCCUGCUCUUCAUGGAGACGUCUGCAAAAUCCAACCACCAAGUAAAUGAAAUCUUUAUGGCCGUAGCCCAAGAGCUCCUGCGGCAUGAAGGCGAGAAGGCAGCCAUCCCAUCCACGGGCAGUGGGCAGCGCUUGGACCUGCAUGCAAACGGGACAAGGAGAGGGUGCUGCCAUGUCUGAGGAGCCACUGGCUCCCCACAGGAUGUGAGACUGGACUUUGUGCUAUUUGCAUCAGCAGCCAAGGGGUAACAACACAGCCAAUAUGUAGCAAUGAUUUUCUACCUGUCUUCUGCAAGUGAAUGCAUGCAGUGCGUGCAGACCCUCAGCAGGGUCCUAUGAUGGUGUUCUCCGAAUGACGAGUGGGGAUGUCUCCUGCCAAGAAGCAACCCAGCUGGGCACAUCCCCCUGCCCCAGCCAUGCAUCAGCUUUCCCCAGACUCAAGAGAGUUUGGCAUAUGGAGCACAGCCCAAUGACUUUAAUACUUGACUGCCAAUAAAGAGCAGCUCAUCUUAGCCACA